AUGCUUCUAAUUCCCAGCGAAGAACAAACAUGGAGCAUAUACAAUACACUGGACAACAAAUUCUUCGACACCAAACUUUUUGUACCAUAUAACAAGCGCUUUUCUGGCUCUUCACAAGGAUGGUUGGUGGCUGUAAAUAAGGAUUGGACGGUAACGCUUUACAAACCUUAUUCUAUGGUUAAAGGAGGAAACAAUAUAGAUACUAAUAUUCUUCUUCCAUGCCUAUUUCCUCCUGAUUUAGAAGACUUUUUUGAUCCAGAUGGUAUAAUAGAUUAUGCUGAAGUCUAUGAUUAUCAUAUUGAGAAAGCUUUACUUACAGUUGAUCCGCUAACAAAUCCAAAUGAAUGCAUGAUUGUGGUGAUUUUUGGUGAAAUGCAGGAGUUAGCUAUUUUUAGAAUCGCCAAAGAUACAACAUGGACUAAAAUUAAUGCUUAUGAUCAUGACAACAAGCAAAUUAUGUUAGAGAUAGAAGAUAUCUGUCACUAUAAUAAUCAAAUUUAUGCUGUAGAUGUUCAUGGUGUACUUAGAUCUUUUGAUGUUACAAACCCAUGCAAUCCCACUGUAAAUUUGGUUGCACCUAGGAUUCAACCAAGAGCAUCUGAUCGCUACUUUGUCAAGAGAUAUCUUGUGGAGUCCUAUGAAGGAAAGCUUUUACAGGUCGAAAGGCAUUUAAGUUGGCGUAACGAAGACGAUGGUCGUGAGACAAAGAUGUUUAGAGUUUUCAGAUUAGAUUUUGAUAGAGCAAAAUGGAUUAAGAUAAAAAGCCUUGGUGAUGUAUAUAUCUUUGUUUUUGGGUGA